AUGCGCGUGACAUUUCUUCACCCUGACUUGGGUAUUGGUGGUGCUGAACGACUCGUUGUGGAUGCAGCUGUGGCACUACAAAAUAAAGGUCAUCAAGUGAAGAUAGUGACAAGCCAAUUCGAUCCCAAUCAUGCAUUCAAGGAAACAAAGGAGCUAGAUAUAACGGUCAUCCAGUGGUUUCCGCGCAUGAUUUUUGGUUGUAUGUGGGCAUUAUGCGCCUAUGUUAGGAUGUGUCUUGCUGCUAUCUAUGUCUCUUUAUAUGUCGAAAGCGAUGUCAUCAUAUGUGAUCAGUGGUUCCUAACUAUUAAGGUGUCAGCGGCUUUAAUAGUACUGCGGUGUUUAACGCGAUCUCGCCUCGUUUUUUAUUGUCACUUUCCCGACAUGUUGCUUACGACAAGGGAGUCUUUCCUGAAAUCGGUAUACAGGUAUUUCCUCGACUCGAUUGAAGAGUUUUCGACUGGACUAGCUGAUGUAAUCUGUGUCAAUAGCUUAUUCACUGCAUCAGUGGUUAAGAAGACAUUCAAGUCGCUCCAAAACCGUGAAUUAUCAGGUAAGUCAAGAAUCAAGGGGAGUACACCAAUGUUUCUUUCAUCUUCUGCUAGAGCAUAUACAUUAAAUGAGUUCGCUCACGCACUUUUCGAUGUCCACAUAUUUACCAAAAUCGGUUAA